AUGGAGAAUACGGAGCAGUUUCGUUAUUUAUUGGAAAAUGCGGUUCACCGCUUAGAAGGAUUGAGUACACAUUGGAGUGAUUAUCUCCAGGAUCCUAAACCAGAAUGCACCGAGGACGACAUCUCAGAAAUCAUGAGCGUUUUGGGAAAGACUAAGCUGUUAAUGGGCAGUAAAUUACCGCAGUUCCGCAAUCUAAUCUCUAUUUUGAAGGACGGUAGCAAACCUGACCCACACCUAUGCUCCGAUGAUUUACAUGGUUUUUGGGAUCUGGUAUCUAUUGAAAUUGCGGAAGUGGAGGGCAAGUUUACUAAACUAGCUCAAAGACGGCUGUUAGGAUGGCAACCGGUCCCAGUCGAAGCUCCUGUGCUGACAAAGAAGCCAACCCGCCGCUCCAUUCCGCGCGAAGUACUACAAAAAAGACGGGAAUCUGAAAUGGAUUUACGCAGAGCUGCCAGAUCGAGACUUGCCAUUGCAAAAGCUCGAUUGCAAGAAACAAAAGAAUAA